UCCAGAGAGGGACAUUGAGAUAGUUGAGGAGAGGAGGCUUGUUGGGCACGUCCUUAUAAUUUGGAGAGGUGUAUGCAGCGCACGGUCCGUUCGCCUUUCCAGGUGGAAAUCCAGGAGGCGCUGAGACCAAACUUAACUGGGACGACUGGUGAACCCGGUUCAGGACAGGUGAAAUUCCCAGCAGGCUGCCGGUAAGGCCACAGGAUCGAUUCAGAUGUAGGAAAAUACAACGUGUCUCAGCGCGGGUCAUGGAUGAAAUCCCGCGGCAGCACCGAGGAGGUUUAACUACAACCAGUUGAAGUAUCACUGAUCGCCAUCAGGAGUAACAGGGAUAUUCACACAUUUUGUUUGGGAUUCAACUGUUUAUAUUAAAACUGCAGCUUUCUUUUAGUUGAUAGAAAAAAAAUCUGCAAUGAAAAGGAGGCUAAGCGGAGAGGAAUCAGUCAAGCUGCUGAUUUGAAUGACCACCGUCUCAGACAAGGAAGGAUACAGUGAAAAGGCGCCGAAAUGAAGGAGAAAUCUAAAACGGCCGCAAGGACUAGACGGGAAAAGGAGAACAGUGAAUUUUAUGAACUGGCCAAAAUGUUGCCUUUACCAUCGGCCAUCACCUCUCAGCUGGACAAAGCCUCCAUAAUAAGACUGACAACAAGUUACCUGAAGAUGAGAAUUGUUUUCCCUCAGGGUUUGGGUGAGGCUUGGGGUCAUGCAAGUCGAACAAGGUCUUUGGACAAUGUUGGACGAGAGCUGGGAUCUCAUUUACUGCAGACGUUGGACGGUUUCAUCUUUGUUGUGGCUCCAGAUGGGAAGAUAAUGUACAUUUCAGAGACGGCGUCGGUCCAUUUAGGACUGUCUCAGGUAGAGUUGACUGGGAACAGUAUUUAUGAAUAUGUCCAUCCAGCCGACCACGACGAGAUGACAGCUGUCCUGACUCCACAUCAGCCCUAUCACUCGCAUUUCGUCCAAGAAUAUGAAAUGGAGCGCUCUUUCUUUUUGCGGAUGAAAUGUGUGCUGGCAAAAAGAAACGCAGGCCUUACCAGCGGUGGAUACAAGGUGAUCCACUGCAGUGGCUACCUGAAGAUCCGUCAGUACAGUUUAGACAUGUCACCUUUUGAGGGCUGCUACCAGAACGUGGGUUUGGUGGCUGUGGGCCACUCUCUGCCGCCGAGCGCUGUGACUGAGAUCAAACUGCACAGUAACAUGUUUAUGUUCAGAGCCAGUUUGGACAUGAAGCUCAUCUUCCUGGACUCCAGGGUGGCAGAGCUGACAGGUUAUGAGCCCCAGGACCUGAUAGAGAAAACCUUGUACCAUCACGUCCACAGCUGUGACAUCUUCCACCUCCGCUGUGCACACCACCUCUUGCUGGUAAAAGGCCAAGUCACUACUAAGUAUUAUCGUUUCCUGGCGAAGCACGGCGGCUGGGUCUGGGUCCAGAGUUACGCCACAAUCGUCCACAAUAGCCGGUCCUCAAGACCCCACUGCAUAGUCAGCGUCAACUAUGUCCUCACGGAUACUGAGUAUAAGGGAAUGCAGCUGUCCUUGGACCAAAUGAGCCCCACCAAGCCAGCCUUCCCCUACGCUGACAGUCACAGUGAAGACAGGAAGAGCACCAAGUCACGUCCGACCCAGGCGAAGGCCAAAGCCAGAGUGUCACCCUACCCACAGCAAUUUUCAGCUUUCAAUCCAGAGCGCUCAGAGUCAGACCAAGACAGCCAAUGGGGAGGGAGUCCGCUGACUGACUCUGCAUCUCCUCAGCUGUUAGAUCCCAGUGAGGCUGCGGAGGCAUCUUGUGCCUAUCGACUGUAUCCAGACUCAGGUUCCCUGUGCUACGGCCUGGGUCUAUCAGAAGACGAUCUCGCCCAUGCCCAAACACAUCCUCACACCACCACUUGUGACCGCGUGCGAUGCCAGAGCGGCCGCUACUUCCUAGGAACCCCCCAGUCGGGAAGAGAGGCGUGGUGGGAUGCCACUCGCUCUGUGCUCUCGCUGCCGAAAUCGUCCGUGGAGAACAGCGAGGGCUACGAAAUCACAUCCUACCAUGGAGCCAUUCACGGACGGGGCCACUGGGAUGAAGACAGUGUAGUGAGUUCACCUGAUGGAGGCGGGUCCACCAGUGAUUCAGGUGAACGUUACCAUGGUGAACACUUCCGGGCAACCCCUCGGGAGCCUAGCAAGAUGGAGACCCUGAUCCGAGCUACGCAGCAGAUGAUCAAAGAGGAAGAGAGCCGUCUGCAGCAACACAAGGCGCCGCUGGACGUUUCAGGCCUCGCCAAAGCUCACAGCCCGUGCUUCACCUCCUCACUAUCCCAUCACUCCCAGCUCACCAUGCCCAGCGUGGUGUGCCGUGGCCCCGGAGUACCCAGCAUCGACCUCCCCUCUGAACGCCUCCAUCACCGGGACGGCAUCAAAGUGCUCGGUCCACAUGACAAUGACGAAAACACAACCAGUCCGGCAUCUCUGUCUCGCCUCAGCAGCCCCAGCUCUGAUGGGAUCCCCAGGUCGGGUCUCUCCAUCACCAAAGACUAUAUGCAGACGGAUCUGUCCCCCCACCCUCCACAGCCCCAGGGGAGCCCGCUGCUCUAUCCAGCCCAGGAGAGGCAGCCACUGGACAGGCAAGCGGCCUAUGCUUUGACUGGGUACUCCCUGGAGCACCUGUAUGACCCGGAGAACCUGCGGAGUUACUCGGGCCUGGCCUGUGGAGGAGUCCAGUAUGAUGUGGCAUCCCAUGUGAGGAUGCAGGCCGAGCAGAUGCAGGGACACAAGGCCACCUCAGUUAUCAUAACCAAUGGGAGCUGACGAUAUCUGGUGCAGAUAGGUCCUGUUCUCUAGAUGAGGAUCUUACAGUAAAGUGGUGCUUUAUGCACAUGCAAACACUGACCAGGUGCUUGAUACAAACGGCAGGACAAUAAAAAAAGAAUACAAGGUACCUGCACUGGGUUGAUGUGCCCUUGGUGACUCAUUCAGCACAAUUUGUGUUUGUUAGCCUUUGUAUCAUACCCUUCUCUUUUCUUUAUCAUUGGAGGAUGAUAUGAACUGACGUUUGGUGUGCCACUUCACAGGGAAAAAUUUUGCUCCAUUACAUAGGAAUAUAGUGUUAUUUUAAUGGUGGUGAUCUGAAUUUUCCUCCCUGCAAAGGCUACCUAAGAUUUGAGUCUGGUUAAACAUCAAGCCAAUGUUUCUGUUCCAAAUGUCUCACGCACCAUUGGCCACGUGAGUUAAUCUGUCCUGGACGCGAUUUCCAAAGGCAGUAAGAAAACGUGUUGUUCCAUUGCCCCUUCACCUGAAAACUCCAACGCACAGAGCAUAAUGUUUGACACAUGAAGUGCAACAUGGGAAAGGCAAGCGUUUCACUAUUGUAAGAUGUCAAUGUUUCCUGGUAUUUAUUUGUCAGUGGGCUGUUUUCUGUAUGUGUCUUUUUUUUCUGUCCGAGUAGAAUCUUUACUGGUUGAAUAAAAUUAGUUUUGGUGUUUGGAUUACACCAACAUUAGCUUAAAAAAUAAUUAAGUGGAAAAACAGAAAGAAAAAAAUGCUUCUGAUAUGUAGAAGUGUAAAAUAUGCAGGUCAACUUGAAACUGUUUUAAUGUAUAUGUGAAUGCCCUCACUUAGAGUGCAAAGAGAGAUUACAAAACCAACACAUUUGCAAUCUCCCCAUGUCCUCUAAAUAUAGGCAUUUUAUAUAUCGACUUACAGUUGUGGCUUGUUUACAUAUCAGAGUAUCAUUUUUCCUGUUUUUACCUCACUUAACCGUUACCCAACUAAUUAGCAUAUGUAGAGUAUGCUUUUAAAUCCUUAAAUCCUGCUGCACAUGCAACUGUUCUCAAAGAAAACCAUUUGUUUUUCUUUUUUUGUCAUGACAGCCUGAAGGGUUAAAAUAAUUGAUACAAACUUAUCUAAAAAUAUGUUGAAUGUCUUCUGUUUCUUGUUUAAUUUAUGAUGUAUAUAUCAUCACACAAUGAACUUUUGGAUAAGAAGUGACAAGAUUAUUUAUUAAUUGGUUUAAAAAAAGUCUCUUAAAUCUGAAUACAGUUGUAAACAAAUAACUUUUGUCUCUGUUGAUUUUUGUUAUACAAUUGUUAUCUGUCAAAGCUGCUUUGAAUGAAUACAAACACAUAAGCUGCUGCCUCAGAAAAACUCCAUAACUGUAAUUUUAGACAUACUGUAGAUUUGCGUAGUUGUUGUAAAUCCACCAUUAACAAUCAGGACUGCUUUGUACAACACAUUUUCAGAUGUAUAGAUAUAAAUAUACAAAUAGAUACUAAGUUAAUUAGUUAGUUUUUAUUUCUGUGCAGUGCCAAACAUAUGCCCCAUCCAACACAGGAUCACAAGACACUUAGAUAUUUAUCAAACAUCAAAAAAUAUAACAUGAUAUAUAGAUAUAGAUGAAAAAAUAUGAAUAUAGAGCAUAUCUUUAAAGUUGAUGGCCAUGUAUUUUUAUGUGAGUUUCAUCUUCAUUUAUUUUGUAAAACACUAGAAAAGGGAAAACCUUAAAGAAUAGGUGUGUUUCUAUGAGAAACCCUGUGAAAAGACCAAAACCAACAUUGCAAAGAUGUAAAUCUAUAAAAAUGGGUCACAAAAAUAUUGUUUCAUUUUUGAAAAGAGGUACAUACUUUCCUAAAACAGCUGGGCACUGUGGUUUCAGCAAACUUUACUCGACUAGGAGUACGUAGUGUAUUUGCUGGGGACUAUUACCAGUUUUAGUAUUUAUGGCAGCAGGAUGGUGUAUUUUUGGAUUGACUCAAACUACAGUGCCAGUGUCACCCAGUGCAAUGACGUGGCUAAUUUUUAAUAGCUUUUGGACAACAAUGGAGGUUUAUGGCACAGAGAAAUAAGCUAUAUGAGGCUUUUGAUACACAGACAGUAGUUGGUAGUAGGACCAAUUCGUUGUUGAUUUGGUAUUUUCAUGGGAUUUGUUGACAACAUUAAAAAUAUAGAAUAC